CGUCACUCUUUUUUAUUGCUCCUAAACUUUCCAUUUCCAUUUUUUUAUUCAUUUACAAAAUUUAUAUUAUAUUAAUUCGCAGCAAUGGAAAGCCUCAGACAAAAGCAAAUCAGCGCGCUCCUUCGGAUGCUCCAUCUGAAUGACGAUGCCCAAGCGUCAGGCGCCGGCGAGAGCGACUCUGGCGGAGCAUCGCCAAUCUGGAAGGUGCUGGUAUUCGACAAUUUCUGCCGCGACAUCGUCUCCACGGUGCUGCGUGUCAAUGACCUGCGGGACAAUGGCAUAACCGUUCAUAUGCUGCUCUCCUCGCAGCGCUCACCAAUCCCUGAUGUCCCCGCCAUAUACUUUCUCCAGCCGCUUGCCGAGAACAUCCAGCGCAUCACAGAUGACAUUGCAAAGGACCUGUACGAACUAUACUACGUGAAUUUCGCCUCGCAGCUGCCGCGCACACUGCUCGAGGAGCUCGCCGUCUACGACCAGUACUUGAACUUUCUGUGUCCCGAGGAAAACAUGUUUUCGUUGCAUUUCCCAAACACCUUCGAGGCCAUACACAACCCAUCGAUGAUGGAUACCGCGAUGAACGCGCUUAUUGACCGCAUAGUCAACGGUCUCUUCUCGGCCCUUCUGACGCUCAAGACAGUGCCCACCAUAUGUGCGCCUAAGGGAAACGCUGCGGCAAUGGUGGCUGCGCGCCUGGACGCCAAGCUCAGAGACCAUAUCCUGAGCAGCCGCAACAACCUGUUCACCGAGGGCACUGCCGGCUCCGAGGACAUUGUGGCGCAGAGCAGGCGGCCCGUCCUGGUCCUUCUCGACCGCGACAUCGACCUGGGCAGCAUGCUGAUGCACUCGUGGACCUACCAGGGCUUGAUCCACGAUAUCUACGAUAUCAAGCUGAAUCAAAUAUCUGUCACGCAAACGGACGAUAAGGGCACAUCGCGGAAGCGGUCCUACGACUUGAACGUUAGCGAUACGUUCUGGGCCGCCAACGCCGCCCUGCCGUUCCCUGAGGUGGCCAUUGGCAUCGACGAGGCGUCGAGCGCAUUCAAGCGCGAAGCGGACGAGAUCACGCGCAUGAGCGGAGUCAGCUCGCUGGACGAGGUCGGUGGUCUGGACAUGGGCGCCAGCACAAAGCAAUUGCAGCGCGCAAUCACAUCAUUGCCCGAGCUGACUGCCAGGAAGGCCAACAUCGACAUGCACAUGAACAUUGCCACGUCCUUGCUCGACAAGAUUAAGGACAGGCAGCUGGACGUUUUGUUCCAGAUGGAGGAGCAGAUCGGGCGGCAAAGCAAGGCGUCUAUCCUGGAGGCCCUCAAUGACGCAGAGAAGAGCGCGGGCGAUAAGCUGCGCCUGUAUGUCCUGUACAUGCUGGCCAAUGAGUCCGGGCUGAAGCAGGCGGAUAAGGACGAGUGCGAGGCGGCUUUGAGGGCUGCAGGCUGCGACAUGGCGCCGCUGGAGUACAUUAACAAGCUGCGCAGCCUCAACAAGAUGAACUCGUCCAUCGCGUCGCCCACUGGUGGAGCAGCCAAUGGUUCCGGGACUAGCGACUUGCUGGGCAAAUUCUCGUCUAUCAGCAAUCGCCUGGCCGGGUUCACGGAUAGCACCAGUUUGGGCGGCAUUUUUUCUGGCGUGCGGAACCUCUUGCCAUCGCGCAAGCAGCUGCCCAUCACGCGCAUUGUCGAGCUGGCCAUGAACGGCAAGCCGGGAGCUGGAGGCGGGGGAGGCAGCGGGUUGGGCAUCGGGCUGCGGUCCGCCGCCGCCGCCGGCAUGGGCUCUGUGGGCAGCGUCGUCAGCGGCUCUGUUGGCGGCCAGGGAGGCGCAGCCAAGAUUGUCGAGGACUUUAUCCAUUUCGACCCGAAGCAGGCGCGCCGCGGCAACCUUGCCGGGUCAAGCGCCAUCGCCGGAGACACCGCGGGCGUGGGCGCGUCGCAGGAGGCCAUUGUGUUUGUCAUUGGCGGCGGCAACUACAUCGAGUACCAGAACCUGAUGGAGUUUGCGCAGCACUCGACGCCGCGCAAGCACAUUGUAUAUGGAUCGACCGACAUUGUCAACGCUGAUGGCUUUUUGCAGCAGCUGUCCCGGCUAAACCAGAGUUAAAUG